AUUUUUAUUGAUGCGUGUCUUUUCUCAACACUCCCUGGUAGUUUAGUGAAAUUCUAUCAAAUGUAAUGUUAUCGAGAAUUUAUCGCACUGAACCGGACACACGCUGGAGGCAAAUAAACACACUCAAAGUAUUCAAUGAUAAUGUAAUUGAAAUCCAAGAAGGGCAAGAGUAUCAAGUAUUAUUCAAAUCAGGCAGUAAUGACCUAGUCUUAAGUGUAUCACUGUCAAAUGAAUUCCCCAAAGAUAAACCAUUCAUCAAAAUAAAACCAAUUGUUUUCCACCAGUGGGUGGCUGGAGAUGGGGAAGUUACAGGUGCUCCAGGUUUAAUCAAUUUUACUGUUCAUUCAGACCUUGGCAGGGUAGUGCAGGCAAUCAUCAGGGAAUUUGAGAGGACACCACCUCCUUUACAAGAGUCAUGUAGUUUAUCAACCUCACCAUCCAUUACAAAUCGAAUACAACCAGAUGUUGAUAUAAUGGGUAGAGCUAGUCCAAAUUAUUUUAAUCAUAACUAUCCGACAACAACAACAACAACAAGUAAUACUCCGGCGAGCAGCUACCAAUCGGCGGCAUUCCCCGAACUCAGUGCAAUGAGCAACGACGAAUUAAAACAAUUAAACGAAAGCGUCGAGCGCCAAGAAGACUUCCUUGAAAACUUACCGCAAAACAAAGAAACCAAUAAGAUAAUAGACGACUUAAUUCUGCAAAUCGAAGAAUUGGCGGAUUCCAACCUCAGCAAGCAGCCACUGCUGGAGGAUCUAAAGAAAGAUAUUAAUACGCGCAUUGAAGAAGUGACGAAGCUGGCGUUCGAAACCGAAAGACUGAACAUGGCUUAUCAGACAAUAUCCGAGAAAUAUUCACCUAAAAAUAUAAAGAACAAACUUCAGUUCGCCGCCGAAGAGGCGAACGUAAGGAGUGAGGCCAUCGCGGAGCAGUUUUUGCAGGGGCAGAUGGACGUGGAGAAGUUUGUGGUCGAGUAUAUUCAAUCGCGGAGCCUCGCGCAGGCGCGUAAAACCAAGGAGGAGAAGCUGUCGCAACAGUUGGAGAAUCUGGAGCGCGCCGGCUUCUGAGCGUUUGUUUAUUUUUGUUACCCCCCUACACCCACACUACUGAUACUUAUUUAUGAAUCCGAUUGUGAUUUAUUUUCGCGUACUUGCUUUUGUGAUCAAUGUAUGAAUAUAAUGGCGAUAGUUUCGGGUAAAUGAUUUAUAGAAAACAACAAAAUAAAUGAAGAAUUGACGAGUUACAUUAAAA